AUGGCGCGGGCUAUUCAGUACGCCGUCCUCCCCCCCACGUACCACGCUUCUUACCGCCCCCCCGCUUUACCACCUCCCCCGGCCCCGGAGGAGGCAGACUGGGCCACCGUACUUCACCGAUGGAAGGCCCGGUGGCAACUGGCCGCCAACACAGGCCACGAUCACGCACCCACCGCUAACCAAACGCCAUGUUGGAACGCUUCGGCCGUCCGACGCCGCCACCACCAUUUAACCAAGGCCGAAAGCAGCCUCCUUACGCAAAUACGCACCGGCCAUAUAGGCCUCCGGGCUUAUCUCUUCCGAAGGCAGGCGGUAGAUUCACCGGAAUGCCAAUGCGGCGCAGAUGAAGAGACCGCAGCCCACGUCCUUCUAAACUGUACAAACGUACCGCCCCGGCCCCCGGACUGGCCCUGCACCACCGAUGAAUUACACCGCCGGCUGCGCUCCGGCCUCACAGCAAGGCCACUCCUCCGAUGGCUUAUCCGGAGCGAGAGGCUGCCGGAGUAUAGCCUUGCCCGGGCGCUUGAACAUACACCAGCCUAA